CGUAUCAUAAAGACUAUGAGAGGUGAAAUGUCAAAGUGCACAGAAUCAGUGGACAGUUUUUCAGUGCGAGCAAUAAUUCUGAGAACAUGUCGACUUACAGAAGGUGGCCGAACUAAAAAAAAGGAUGUGGAGUGCGGAUCGGUUAAAGCGGAAAAUAUUCAAUUGGAAACAAAUGAUGCUCCUUUCACCACUACUAUUAAAUUACCCAAUGACCAGUGUCUCACCGGAGGGUCUAAUAAAAAUGAAUUGCUUUGUAAUAUUUGUUUUAUAAAUGAGUGUUCAGAAAUCGCGUUUUUUCAGCUGGUGAUAUGUGGACAUAAAUUUUGCGUUGAAUGCCUAAUCAAAUACAUCGGGCAUGAAAUCACAUGUCCACAGUGUUCAUGUGAAAUACAUCCCAAUGAUAUCGAACUUAUACUGCAUGAUCUUAUUGAUAUUAAAUCUAAAUACCAGGACUUCAUGAUAAGAAGGUACCUAGUAUCGGAUCCUGAUAGUCGAUGGUGCCCAGCUCCAGACUGCAAUUUUGCUGUGAUUGCUACGGGCUGUGCGUCGUGCCCAGAAAUUCAAUGCGGUCGCCCUACAUGCGGAAUGAGUUUUUGCUAUCACUGUAAAGACAUAUGGCAUCCAGAUCAAACAUGCGACGCAGCUCGAAGUUCACGUCAAGCAUUUUUUAAUAGAUCAUCAAUUAACUUUAUUCAAGAUUCAGGAGGAACCGACGAAAUAAAGCCAUGCCCCAGAUGUCGAGUUUUAAUUGUUAAAAUGAAUGAUGGAUCGUGUAAUCAUAUGGCAUGCUCCCUAUGUGGUGCUGAGUUUUGUUGGCUUUGUAUGAAAGAAGUUAGUGAUCUGCAUUACCUAAGUCCUUCAGGUUGCACCUUUUGGGGGAAAAAGCCUUGGUCUCGUAAAAAAAAAGUUAUUUGGCAACUUGGCACUCUUAUUGGAGCUCCAAUCGGAAUAGCCCUUCUUGCCGGAAUUGCGGUGCCAUCAAUUCUUAUUGGCAUUCCUGUUUGGGUAGGAAGGAAGCUACUAACUCGGUAUAAGGCAGCAUCAAAAAGGAAAAGAAAUAUAUCAGUUGGUGUUGGAGUAGCAGCUUCGAUUCUUCUUGCACCAAUAUUAGCUGGCUUAGCUAUAGCUGUGGGAGUUCCAAUAUUGCUAUUUUAUGUUUAUGGCAUUGUUCCAGUCUCACUUAUACGUGCUGGCUGUGCAAAUGUUAGCGACGGGGACCAUAUUGUUGAUGACAACUCGAGCACUUACCGAACAAAAUACAAAGUUGAGAGUACAUGUGCUGAGCGCACAUCUAAAAAUGGAGACACCAUUACAGAGGAUAAAGGCCUAACUACGAACUCAAAAGACUCCCACAAGAAUCAAAAAGCCCAUACAGCUACAACUCAAUAAUUAUAAAUUGUUACUAAAGUACAUCUUACAGUUAAAUGUUUUGGAGAAUAAAAAUGUAAUGCAACUGCUUCUAAGGGUACAAACAUAGGCUUCAGCUUCGUCUCAGCGCUUACUAUGUUUGUACCCUAAGUUAAUAAAUAUUUUAUAAUACUUGACGUUUACAUAGAUACAAACAUAGACAAGAACACUGUAGAUAUGAUUAAAAUGAUAGACAAGAGGUUAUUGUAUCAUUUUUUUGUAAAAUGUCUAUUUACAAAAUAAAUAUACAAAGUAUAUAUGUACAGUA